UACCCCAGAUUAUCGGGCUCUUGCUCCGGUGGGGGCCUGGGAUUAGAUUGAAGGAUGAGACUGCGCAAUGUUACUCUCCCUCGACAACGCAACUAUAUAUCCCUGCUUAUCAUUACUUGCAUGGAUCCCAAGUCGGUCAUCUUCUCUAUUGUACUAUACAGUUGCGCCCAACAGCAUUCUCAUGUCUACCCUAACUAAGAACGAAGUUAUCCUGGAUGGGCACGAUGAAGGAUUUCAUCAAGCCAGGCAGGCGGCUGAAGAGGAACAUGAUCUUACACCUUGGCAAGCCCUCCGUCUUCACCCCAAAUCGGUGAUGUGGUCCGUCUUGUUAUCGAACUGUAUCAUCAUGGAAGGCUACGACAUCGUCCUCAUCUACUCUUUCUUCGCCCAGCCAGCCUUCGCUCGCCGGUACGGUCAGUGCGAUUCUAGCGGAGCCUGUCAAAUUACGGCCUCCUGGCAGGCAGGACUUGGCAACGCCGUUGGGUGUGGGACUAUCAUCGGUGCCUUUGCCAAUGGAUACUUCUGCCAAAGAUAUGGCUACCGCCCGGUCCUUCUCACUUCUUUGGUCUUCAUUUGCGCUUUCAUCGCUAUCUCGUUCUCCGCGCCCAGUUUGCCGGUUUUACUUGUAGGCCAAUUUCUCUGCGGUAUACCAUGGGGCGUUUUCGCAACUAUGGCACCUGCCUAUGCGAGCGAGGUCUGCCCCAUGGCCUUGCGGGGAUAUCUCGCCGUAUAUGUCAAUCUCUGUUGGGCUUUCGGACAACUCAUCUCUGCAGCUGUACAGUCGGCAUUCUCAGGUGGUACCAGCCAAUGGUCAUAUCGCAUUCCGUUUGCCAUCCAGUGGGUAUGGCCCAUUCCGCUCUUCCUGGUGCUCUUCUCCGCUCCCGAGUCACCGUGGCACUAUGUCCGUAAAGGUGACCUUAGAAUGGCAGAAAAGAUGUUGAAACGCCUUUCUUCACCGUCCCAGCUAGACUCAAUCAAGCAGAAGGUCGCGAUGAUGGUCCAUACAAACGAGCUGGAAGUGUCGCUUAGCAAGGAUACGUCUUACUGGCAAUGCUUCAAGGGCAUAGACCUGCGUCGUACCGAGAUUGCUUGCAUGGCUUUUGCCGCUCAGCCCUUCUGCGGCUCAGCUAUGGGCGGCACCCCAACAUACUUUUUCGUUCAGGCCGGUCUUCCCAGCAGCAUUUCUUUCAAGAUGUCUAUUGGUGGUCUGGGUAUUGCAUCAAUUGGCACGGUCGUAUCCUGGUUUCUCAUGUCCUACUGCGGCCGUCGAACCAUCUACCUUUGGGGCUUGGGUGGACUUACUGCGAUUCUCGUAACUGUCGGCGCCAUAAGUGCUGGCGACGCCAGAUCAUCGCAAGGAAACUAUGCCCAAGCUGGUCUGAUGCUUGGGUGGCUCGCGAUCUACUAUCUCACCGUUGGACCAAUUUGUUACGCCAUUAUCACCGAGGUGUCCUCAACUCGAUUACGUAGCAAGAGUGUUUGCCUUAGCCGCAUAGCCUACUACAUCGCGCAGAUCAUCAGCAACGUCGUCAAUCCCUACAUGCUCAACCCAACCGCUGGUGACUGGAAGGGAAAAACAGGAUUUUUCUGGGGUGGCUUUGCAUUCCUCUUCUUUAUCUGGACUUUUCUACGCCUACCUGAGACCAAAGGACGCACUUUCGAGGAGAUCGACAUAUUAUUCGCAGAAGGUGUCCGAGCUAGGGACUUCAAGAACCAUGAGGUAAAUGCCUACACCGACACAACCACUAAGAGAAACGCUUUAACCCAGCAACCCUAAUCUCAUAUUUGUCUGUAAACCUCAAACCUAAGAAUAGGCCUUGGCCUUCCUUAUACCUUAGUCACACUAUAGUUGAAUAAAGAUAAGAGUUGUAACGGGCUGAACGCCCUUUGGAUAGCUCCUUAAUGAGAUCUCGGUUCAAGCUACGUACGCGGCAUCCGAAAUACGUUCAGAUAACGAGCCUAGAAUCCGGGUGUUACCCUAAGCACCUAGAUUCUACUUAUUGUCUGAGCAGCGCCUAGAUAACCCGCUUAGAUACUUUAGUAUAACCUUUCUCUAAUAAGUAAAUAAACAUUAUAUCAGUAG